AUGGACUGGGAAGUAUCCGCAUGGCCGUACGAAGAGGUCACUCUCUGCGAGAUCUGGAAGAUACGCACUGCAACUGUGACCUCGCUUGGCGAAGAGGGCUGGAGCUUUACAUCCCUGCUCCAGAGAGCACGCCAGCUCGCGCGGCGCUUGCACACUGUGGCUCCGGCGCCUGGAUGUGUCGGCCUGGGCGUGGAUGAGGGAAUUCCAAUGGUGCUGCUCCACGUGGCUGUGCUGGAGGCAGGCAUGUUCUUUCUGCCCUUGGACCUUCGACAACCGCUGGCCCGCCUUGAGAGCAUGCUGGUUACGGCAGGUGCGGAACUACUAGUGGCCCCUUCUGACUUCAGCGCGGAGCUGGCGGUGCCGCUUUGGACACUGGAGGCUUUGGUCGAGCUCCCGGAUCCAGAUGUGACUCUCAAAAGACCGUCGCCACGGGAUCUGUGCUAUGUGCAAUUCACUUCUGGAAGUACUGGCAAGCCCAAGGGCGUCUUGUGCGAGCACCGACAGGCUGCUUGGUAUGCCUUGGCCAAGGCAGCGGCUGAGAAGGUCGAUGAGUCAAGCACCGUGCUCUUGACGGCGGCCAUCACAUUCGAUCCUUGCCAGGGCGACAUUUUCUGCGCCUUGGCCGCCGGUGCCUCCUUGGUGCUGGCGCCGCGUGUUCAGCUGCUUCAGUGUCUCAGUGAGGUGCUGAUGAGCUCAGGGGCCACACACGUUUGUGCCACUCCUGCUCUCUGGCACUUGGUGGAGGAGGGGCCUGGACACUUCAGCAAGUUGAGGUGCCUAUCCCUGGGCGGUGAAAAGAUGACUCCCAAGCUGGUGGAUCAGUGGGCAUCUGCCGCAUCUGCCGUUCAGCUGCGAAACAUUUACGGGGUGACAGAAGCCACGGUCUACCAGACGGCCAUGGUGAUGUCUCCUGAGACAUCCCCACAGACUGCUGGAAAGCCAUUACCAGGUGUCCGCGUUUCGGUGCUUCCAUGGCCGGAGGGUCCUGAUGGGGAGAUCUGCUUGGGGGGUCCGGGCAUUGCCAGGGGCUACCUGGAACUUCCGGAGUUGACGGCGGCGCGCUUUUGCUGCAGUCAGCAGGAACGUUGCUACAGGACUGGAGACUCUGGUCGUUGGAUGGAGGGACCUGAUGGCCGACUCCUACAAGUUUUGGGCCGACGGGAUCUCCAGGUGAAAUUGAAUGGUGAGAGAAUUGAGCUGGGUGAAGUGGAGCAUUUGCUGAGUUUAAGUCCUUUGGUGCGUCAGUGUGCUGCCAUGCCAUGGGGACAGGGAAAUCUACUUGCGUAUGUGGUACUUGAAGAUGGUGAGAUACUGGAUGGUGUCGCUUACCUAUGCUUGACAGCGCAUUGCGACAAGCAUUUGCCUCGUGUGAUGAGACCUCGUCGUUUUGUUUCAGUGGAAGCCCUCCCAAUGACUCCCAACGGAAAGAUCGAUCGACAUGCAUUGCCUCAACCUGGGUUUGAAAUGAGCCAGAAAGCCUACCAGCUCGAUACUGUUGUUUCAGAAGCUGAGGCUGGCCAAUCACUGACAAGCCUCGAGAAGGCAAUUGUAUUGGCUUGGGCUUCGGAGCUUUCACUGUCAGAACACUGGAAGUUGGGUCCUGAUGCUGAUUUCUAUGCCUUGGGUGGCGGAAGUGUGCAGGCAGUGCGAGUGACACGUGUCCUUCGCGCGGUGCUUCAUGGUGGAGGGGGCGGCAAGGCGAGGUGGGCUGAGGGAAACAGCGACUGGCGCAAUCCAGCGGGGGAUGCCUCGCUUUUCUUGGCACCGGAGAGAGCGGGGGAUGCCGAAUGUCACUUUGGUCUAUGUGAUGGUGGCCCCUUUGCUCCUUGCGCCUUGCUGGAGCGACCGAUUCUGAGGCAAUAUGCACAUUUCCUUGCCAGCUCGGGAGUAAGAACAUCCCAAACGGAUGAGUUGCCUGAUGUUGAAGCUGAAGAAGCUGUACUGCCUAGAGCCUUGGAGAGUGCCAUCCGCUCAAACCGUGAAAUCUUGGCUCAUGCAUUGCUGGUGGCUGGCGCUGAUGCAACUGGGGACCUUUCAGCAAGAGCUGGAACAACGCCCUUGCAUUGGGCAUCUUCAAAGUGCGAGGGGAGCAUGGUGCAACUGCUGGUGUCCUAUGGAGCCAGUGUUGUGCACCCCACGGAGCACGGUGCCCUGCCGGGCCACGUGGCGUGCGCGGCCGGCAACGCUGACGCGCUGCGGGCGCUGCUGGACUGCGGGGCGCCGCCGCGCAGUCGCGACGGGACCAGGCAGUCCUUGCUGCACUAUGCCGUGCGCUCUGGAGAUGUUGCCACAGUGCAGCUGGCAGCAGAGGCGAAAGCAGAGCUGAAUUGUCGAGAUCUGCAGCUGAGGACAGCCUUGCACUGGGCAGCCCUGAAUGGUGAUGCUUCCAUCUGCAGUGUGCUCCUUGCUCAUCGGGCAGAUCCUCAUCCGCCCAAAGUUUCGGAUUCUUUGCAUCGUCGAAGAACUCGAUUGUUGCAGGAAACUCCGUUGGAAUUGGCCAUCUCCAGGCACCCGGAAAACACCGCGUUGCACGCAGUACUGACUGGUGACAGCGGCGAUUGUUCGGAGAAAAAGGUCCUUUUAAUUGUCGUGUCCUUUGCCUUGCUGUCCCUUCGGACAGACUUGGAGACCGGGUUGGGUUGA